AUGGCAGCCCUAGCCUUCAAGGCCAUCAGCUACGGCGCAGAGAAGGUUCCCGACAAGUUCUUCGAAAAGAUCCCCGGAGGCUACUUCACACCCGCAGAACAGAAGGAAAUCAAGAAAAACCGUAAAGACCGCAGCGACAGACACGAAAGAGAACGACACCACAGCGAAGAAAGAUCUAGCAAGCGCAGCUCACGACAAGAGCGCAGCCCGCCGACUGAGUACUCGGACUACUACACGGACGACACCGACUACGAGCGCGAGCGAGAGCGACGAAAGAGAGAGCGACGACGCGCAAAGAGCACUGGAACGACUGCUAGUAGAAGUCUGAGUCGGGGACGACACGGUAGACAUAGUAGCGACUUGGACGGACAGCACAGCCCUCCAAGAGACAUGGCUCAACCGCAGCAGGGACAGCCCUACUUCCCUCCUCCGCCUACAUCCGAGUAUAAGCCGUAUAAUCCACAGGAGUAUGCUCCUAGCCCCGUGCAGGAUCACCGCCCAUCUGCUACUCCUGCCUAUGGAUACUCUCCUCAGGUAAAUAAUCUCUCAUCUAUUCGACGCGCGACGCUUGCGACAAUGCCCGAGCAUCCAACAUCGGCGAACAGCUGUCCGCCCAUGUUGAGAAGCCGGACAACGUCGACCUCGUACACCCCUUUCUCUUUUCAACCUCAUUUGCUUCGCACUCUUUCUCGUGGUUCUCCCGUUUCUGCUGCUUUCACUCCUUCUUACGAGCCGCCUCUUGCGGCCUUGCUUCAGCGCCCACUUUCUAACACUCCAAAGCCAGCACCUGCAGAGCCACGUGGUGUCACUCUAGACUAUGGCCAGCGCGAUGCUCCCAGAAGCUCUAGGUACAUUCCUGGCCCUGGAUACGCGCCGUCGCCCGCGGUAGACGCGCCCAUUCCGCCUCCACCUGUUGGCUCGAAUUCUCCUAUGAACCCCUACCAUCAUACCGAGUUCCCUGCGACUGGCGCUGGCUACCAACCGUCUCCGCCGCCCUUUAGCCGUCAGCGCUCCAACUCUCAGCCUACUUUUGCGCCUGCUUUUGCGCCAGUGCCUAGCGCAGUCUACCCGACCUACAUCCCCCCGUCUGCUGAACAGCCAGUGGUCGCUUACAACGACUCCCAACCUCGCUCUCGCCGUGAGAGCACCAAGCCUCGUCGUGAACAUCGUCACAGGGCUAGGUCCGUUGACUCUCACUCCCAUCAGUCCCGCUCUAGCAAAGACCACCGUCGAGAUGAUUCGCGCAUGGCUAAAGUGCGCGAUAGAUUCGAUAGCAUGGAUCUGCGCGAGAAGAGCCUGGCGGCGUCGGUGGGAGGAGCAGCUGCGGGUGCGUUGGGUGCCAGACAGAUUGCGACACGCUCAAGAAGCCGAAGCGAUCGCCACUCCACGUCCCGUUCUCGCUCCCGAUCCCGGACUCGCGCGCAUGAACGCGAACGCAGCAAAGGUCCUGGCCUGCGUGCUAGAAGCCGCAGCGUAAUCGAUCGCUUCCGUUCCAAGUCCCGCGGCCACGACGAUCGCGAUUCGCGAAAGGACGAUAGGCGCGAUCGCGAUCGCCGUCCAGACCAUGGAUACGACUAUGGUCGCGAUGAUUACGAUUACUUCAGUAGCGACUCUGAGGGUGAUGGCAGUCCUGUCAAGACGAGGCGACACCGAAGGAGGGACUACUAG